AUGUUAGAGCCUGUGCCUGCGGCGGCUGCGGCCAGUGAGACCGUUCGGCCGUCGAGGGCCGAGAGGCUGAAAACAGUCUUUGCAGCCCCGUCACAGGACAAUCUGGACAAGGACUCCCCACAUACCAACGCAGCAUGUUCUAAACUGCGUGGAGCAGCUUCGAACUUGAUAACAUGGUCCGCGCAGCCAUACAAUGUGGAUAUUGAGCUUCCUGACAGUGACGACGAAGACAGUAACAAAAAUGGAGAACCCAACAAGGAGCCUGUCGCAAAGCUGACGAUGAGAGAGAAGUUGCGAAAGCUGGUCACGAGUAACGGAUUCGAGGCCAUGAGCUGUACCUUGAUCAGCAUCAACUUGAUAUUCCUCGGUGUCCAAGCCGAUUGUCAAAACGGCUGCAGCAGCUUUACGGUGGCCAUGAUCGGUACUUUGGACGAGAGCUUCACUGCACUUUUCCUUGUCGAGUGGUGUCUUUGCGUUGCUGCGCAUGGGGCAAGCUAUUUCUCAACUGCCUCCAACUGGCUGGAUACAUUUAUUGUCUGGGUGGUUGGUGUAUUCCUGCUUUGGAUUGCGCCGUUGAUUUUUGGUGCCGAGGGCCUCGCUGCUUUCCAGGCGAUUCGAGCCAUCAGAGGCAUGCGAUCCUUGCGGUCUUUCCGAGUGCUGCGACACUUCCAAAGCUUCCGGAUGUUGUUGACGGGCUUCUUGGGAACAAUCUUCACCCUGGCAGCAUGCAUCUUGAUGAUCUUCCUGACUGACUUGACCUUCGGCAUCAUCUCCGUGGACAUCAUAGGACGAGAUUCCAGAUGGGGAACGGCUCCGGAAGGAACGGCGGCCUGGUACUUCCAGAAUGGCUUGAUUCAAGCCAGCCUAACCAUGUCCCGUUUCAUUUUCAGCGACAAUGCAGUCAGCCUGAUUGAAGAGCUGCAACAGACACAGCCUUUUAUCUGGAUCUAUUGCUUUGCUUUCAUGGCGAUCGCCGCCUACGUCAUCCUCAAUCUGGUUACAGCCACGAUCUGUGACAAGGCGCAGGCGAUCGUGAACGAGAACGAAGCCGAGAGAUUGUUUGAGAUGCGAAUGGAGGAGAAGCGGAACAUGAAGGACCUCAAGCAUAUUUUCGAGGUUCUGGAUGAGGAUGGGAGCGGUCUGGUAACGACGGAGGAGUUUGAUGCCGCUUUCGAAAUCCAGCGGUGCAGGGACAAAUUCUUCUUGCUGGGUUUCGAAGAGGAAGAGAUGAAACAACUUUUCCGGGUGUUGGACGACGAUGGUCAAGGUGAGCUAAGUGUCUCCGAGUUCCUCAAAGGAAUGGCACAGGUGCAAGGAGAUGCAGAUUCGAAAGCGAUGCUGGUGGCCAGCAAGACCAUGGAGAAGGUCAAGGUCGCCUAUGAAAAAGUCAUGGGUGCAAAAGGAGGGACGGCGUCCAUGGAGCUCCGCCGAACAAUCCGCGCUGAGCCGACAUUGGACGAGCAGCUGACUUCCUUGGAAAGCUAUGCCAUGGCUCGCCUCGACCGGAUUGAUGAACUGCUUCGGUCUUUCCAUGCCAAAGCUGAUUCUUUCGAGAGGAAGCUACGAACAAUCGAAAGUUUGCCUCCGCCUCCUGCACCAGAUGGCAAAGCCAAAUCUGGGGAGGCUGAACCCGCUGAUGAUGAAAUCAUGAUGGAGACGGAUGAACUGUGA